AGACGGCUCUUAGUAGCUCGUGACGUCAGUAGCAAUCAGCGUCCGCUCCUGGGCAGUAACGGUCGUAUCUCGAGAAACAAGCAGCGAUGACCCUCAUCAAGGAGUACCGUGUGGUUUUACCCUGUAGUGUUGAGGAGUAUCAAGUGGGACAGCUGUUCUCAGUGGCUGAAGCAAGUAAAAAUGAGACAGGCGGUGGUGAGGGUAUCGAGGUACUGAAGAAUGAGCCCUAUGAGAAAGACGGCGAGAAAGGACAGUACACACACAAAAUCUACCACAUAAAGAGUAAAGUCCCAACGUUUGUCAAAAUGUUUGCUCCUGAAGGCUCCCUGGUGUUCCAUGAGAAAGCCUGGAACGCUUACCCCUACUGCAGAACCAUUGUGACGAAUGAGUAUAUGAAAGACAACUUCUUCAUUAAGAUUGAGACGUGGCACAAACCAGACCUUGGAACAAUAGAAAAUGUGCACGAACUAGACGCCUCCACGUGGCAGAAUGUAACUGUUGUGCCCAUCGACAUUGCAGACAGAAGUGUAGUGUCCACUGCUGACUACAAGCUAGAUGAGGACCCGGCCGAGUUCAAGUCGGCUAAGACUGGCAGAGGACCCCUUGGGCCCGCCUGGAAGAAGGAGCUGGUUCAUAAGACGGACUGCCCGAGGAUGUGCGCCUACAAACUGGUCACAGUCAAAUUCAAGUGGUGGGGCCUGCAGACCAGAGUGGAGAACUUCAUCCAUAAGGAAGAGAAGAGGAUCUUCACUAACUUCCACCGCCAGCUCUUUUGUUGGAUUGAUAAGUGGGUGGAGCUGACUAUGGAUGAUAUCAGGCGGAUGGAGGCGGAGACACAGAGGGAGCUGGAAGAGAUGCGUAAGAAGGGCUUUGUGCGCGGUACAAAGGCUGCAGACAAGUAGCCCGGCCAGCUUUAGAUCUUGAGUGUUGCUGUGUAAGUUCUUGCUGGUCUCUCGGAUGCUUUCUCUGUUCACUGUGGGGUUUCGGUCGCUGCACGCCUCUGCUGCUGCUUUCACUCUGUACUCUUCCGGGUUGUCAAAGGGAUUUUUGUCCACUGUGUCUAAAUGUGCACCACUUGCAACUCCAUAGCUCACUCUGAAUAAGUGAAUCAAUAACACCAGUUUGCAGAUAAACAUGAUGUAUGUGCUCGGUCGGUAGGCGUUUUUGCUGACCCAGUGAAAAUAUCCAACCGUGGUUUGUACCAGUGUCUGUUGCUUAUGUGCACAUGCUUGUGUAUGCAUUGCUUUAACAUCUGGCCAGACCUUUCUCAGAAUCACCCAUGCUAAUUCUUUUGAAGAGGUGGCCAGCAGGUAAAAACAUACACAAAAGACCUGCUCACGACCAAUACCUGAAAACUAGAGCCUCCCCACAGAGGAGAAAAGCAAUCCUCUCUUUAAAUUACAGGUUUCUGUGAAUCUCACUGUGUAGAACCGUAGCACUGGUUUGCCCUUGGCACUGCUCUAAAUAUCAGCCUGGGCGCUCUGGCCGUACAAGGAGAAAACGGGAGGACUCGAGGAUGGACUGGCCAGAGUGGGCUCAAACAUUCCUGGCCUACCAACAAACACCCCUCCUCCCUCACAGCUCGCCCAAUUCAGCAUGUGUUUCUAAUUUUCCCUGGGAGUAAGUAAACAAGCGGAUGCCAUCAGAGAGGGAUGUGGAGGCCGACAUGCAGACGCUGCCAUUCAGGUCCUUGACGAGACUGUACCGGGUGAAUGAGAAUCUCGCUGUGGAGACGAUGCACCAACAGUCAUGUCUGCCCUUCUUGGUGUAUACUGGUCGAGUGCUGUUGGUAUAGAAGGGGGAGGCACAAGGGGGGGAAAAAAGGGGUGGGGGGGCUCAAGAUGGCUCCUUUUCCCUCAUUAACAUACAAAUGGAAUUUUGCAGUUGAGAAGGAGUCUGUGCCGUGAUUGAGAAGAAACGGGAAAAGGAUGAAGAAGUCCGUGGGUGGAUCCUCGUACCAUUUCAUCAGAUCUGUUUAGACUCACCGUUAGUUUGAACUGUUCCAUUAAGGUGUUCGCCUAUCAGAUUCUACCACUAAUUGACUUUCCAAAGCCAUCAGCCUCAGGUUGGGAGAAUUUGGAAGUGAUGCUUUUAUCUACCUAGAAGACAAACAUGGAGCUCGAUAAGGGCUGUUGGAGCAGAUUUCUAAGCAAAGGCUAAAUAUUUCAGUUUGCAAAAGGACAUUUGUUGAAUUUUCUUUUUUCUUUUUAUGGUUUAUGAUGCAAGAAAUACAUCUCUGUUAUACAUCAUGAAUAGAAAUUAGUCCACAAGCCCAUGCGCAGUAACCAGCAACCGUUCAUGAAGGGAUCCACUGAAAUGCAAGCGUCCACUAAACCUGCCCCUCACCUGUUAAGCUCGCACAAAUCUAAUAUGGUGUCCAUUUCCCUCUGUUUGCCCACAGCUUCGCAGACAGGGAGACGUGCGAGGAACCACCGCUGCAGUCGAAUGAAAAGGCAAAGGAUUUUAAACGCCCACGACAACGGCUCAGAGGCCUCCUUUGGUGCCUCUAUUUUACCAGAACUGAUUUAGGCUUUGGAGUGGGGGAGGGGGGGGGUGCUCUGCUACCUGCAAUCAAUAGAGCAGAUCCCUGACUUGCAUCCAAUCAUAGACAUUCUAUUCACUGAGGAAUUGAUUUCUAGAAACCAACACGAUCCUAGCUGAUAAGACUGGUUCAUUCUGCUCUCCUGGGCAGAGAAAGGCCGGCUAUCAGCAUCUUGUUAUUGACAAGACCGAGCCUGCUGGAGAGAUAUGAAGAGGAGCUUCUUGCAGUAGAGAUACAUUUUCACAAAAGGAAAUUCAUUGACUUGAUUCCACAGUGGCAGGUGUUUGGACCAAAAUAUUUCUCCUGUCAUAUUUAGAUUUUCCUUUUUCCUGCAUAACAUUCCUCUGAAGACGAUGCCCUGUCCGAUCUCUCUUUGGCUCCUCCUCCUUGGUCUUGACUGUACACAUUGUGGCGCAGUGGUUUGCAUUCCCCAGCAUGACAGCAUGUCUGUUUGUCAUACUCGUGUUACUUCCUGCCACAGCCUCCAUUUAGAGAUUACUAACACCCUUGGCGCCUUGGCCCAUUGUAAUCCUUCACCCCACCUCCCCCAAAGCACUGCAUCUUAUUAACACCGACGAUCAUGCCCGUACAGGUAUUCACUCUCAUACUGAUUUAAUAGGAACACACGCACACGCCGCAUAUACAUCGCUCGCACACGGAUGAACGUGUUAAUUAAUUCUCACACAUACACUCGCAGGUGUGGAUGCCUUUGCGGUGACUGAUGUCUGAAAAUCUCAAGCUGGGCAGAUCCAUGCAAGCUUGUUCAGCUAAAGGAUGUUACUUUGGAAGUGUUUACAGCUCUCACUGAUUCCCCCUCCCACACACACACGCACCCCAUUCUAAAGACAUUCACACAUAACAUACAACACAGCAUUCACCUUCCUAACAGAAGACCCCAGAGGAAAAAAAAAGACACUGAAAAACAGCCACAGAUGGUGCAUCACCCCUCGAGCCUCUUGUCACAAGCCAAACUGCAGCGCACUGCUCGCCCCAGCCCACCCUAGAGGCCUGUCUCACUCAUCUGGUUCUCAGAGGUAGACUGUUUCCAAAAGGCCUCUUCUGUUCCGCUACAGUCUCGGUGUGUUUACAGAGUUCUAUAAGCCUCACCAGUGCCCGUUCGACACCAGCACCACACACUUCUUGCCUUAAUCCCCGUACCGUUGGACCUAUUAUAACUAUUGUACCUCUGCUGUCAGCUAUUGCGCUCGCUACCUCCCUUGUUUCCGACUGGCAAUUUUCUUGACACCUAAAGGUUAGAACGAUAAGAGUAAAUCACUGCAGAAAGAGCUUUAUGAGCAAAGUUGUUUGUGAUGACUCUUUAUUUUCUUAUAUCGCAUGCGACUCCCUUUGUUUCCUGAUAUGUGUCGCAGCGACUGAGCCUGUGUAAUUCCUUCAGCAAGCAAAAAAUAUGUAAGUAGCAGCCGGAACAGCUUGUUACACUGCUGUUGGUGCAAAGAGCUGCAGAUUUACAUCUUCGCCUCAGAUCUGCCUUUUGAUUGAUUUGCCAUGUUAAUGACUCUUCAUGUGUCUCCCGCCUACAGUGUACAAGUGGUUUCCUCAUUUGAUCCUCGUUUGUGUUGUGUUCUUUGUUUAACGUAUCAAUGUCUUCAAUUGUGGAACAGGAAUUGGGGAUUUGUUUUUAGAGAUCAUGUUCCUUUCAAGACAAGCAUAUAAUGAAAUAAUCUGCGUUCAACAAUCCAAAUGUUUUGUCUGUAAAUGGUAUGAGGGAGUGUGAUCUCUUCUCAAUAAUGGCUUAUUGGCUUGUCCAAAGAGAAUGAAUGGAUUUCUGACAUGUUUACAAGAAUUCAGCAUUUGUAGGCUGGUGAUCUAGAAAGAUUGGGAAGGCAACGGUUUUCUACACAAGAAAAUCUUCUCAGGUCAACAAUAUGACAUGCAUUUUUUUUCUUUUUUUUUUUUUUAUAUUGUUGCCCCAAACAAUUGACUUCUUUACACCGUACCACUGGUAAUCCAGUGUCAACAUGAUGGGGAGAGGUUGUAUUAUAUCCCAUCAUUUCGUUUUAUCACACCAUGUGAGACAGCCAGUUGGUCGUUGUGACUGUACUGUGAUUGUAUUCAUACGUCUCAAAGAGCGAAAAGUACGACACGAUUGAUCUUCAAUGUAAUCAAUGAUUUGAAGUGUGUCGAAAUGAUUCCUGCUGUCUGUUCAAUAGAGAAGGCAGUGGCUAAAGAGAACAACCUCAAUCAACGGUUUACCGUCAAGACAAUGAUAGGAGGGGAGAGGAAGUACUUGCAAAGCAACUGUACAGUAUUAUCCUAAUUUAUGAAAUUUACAACUUUAAUUUCUGAACCGCUUGCUUUUAAAUGUUUAAAGCUUUUGAAAUUCAGGGGACAUUGUAGUGAAUGAGAUUUUGUGCCUUUCUUUCUGUGAUCUUGUGUGCCAUUAAAUCUUCAUAUUGUAUCUAAAUGUCAAAUAAAUUUUGUCUGGAGAAUACAUUUUUCAGAUUGUGCGUCUGCUGUUUGAUUGUAUACAGGUGGUUGUUGGAGAUUGAAGGCUAAACCUAAAGGGAAGUGGUAAGACUCAUUUCCUUUUGGCUUAGAAUGAAGUCUUCACAACAUAUAUUUUAUACAACUGUUCACUGACAGAUUUUAAUAGAAGAUGCAACAAGAGUUUAAUCUUUAAUUCAAAAAUAUAUCUUAGACAAAGGCUGAGGCUUGACUAGAAGCAUUAGUUCUCCACUGUAAAAAUACACAUCAGAUAGUAUGAACAUCCCCUCAGACUGGUUCCUGGUGACUCCAGCAUGGACUAGACUUUCAGUGACCUGCAGGUCACAAGAGUCGCACAAUAACAGCGGAAUCCGUGCUAAAGAGCAGGAAGAGCUGCCAGUCUGCUGCCUGAGAUAUCCGCCUUUUUAUUGUUUCUGGAGGAACGGUCACAUGUGCCUGCUGCAAGGAAACCAGUCAUAUCUGCCCCCAGAACAAGCAAAUGAUGCUGUUUCUAAAAGGGGAGAUGGGCAGGCUCGCCCACGCACCUCCUGUUAAGUGGCAGCUCACAGUAGUCUACAUGGACACAUGUAUCCAU